AUGCAACCAAAUUCUCCAAAUAAAGAAUCAGAUUUUCCUACUAUAAAAUCUGAUUCUCCUACUAAAGAACCAAAUUCCCCUAUUAAAGAAUCAGAUUUUCCUACUAUAAAAUCUGAUUCUCCUACUAAAGAACCAAAUUCUCCUAACAAAAAAUCUGAUUCUCCUACUAAAGAACCAAAUUCUCCUGACAAAAAAUCUGAUUCUCCUACUAAAGAACCAAAUUCUCCUAUUAAAGAAUCAGAUUUUCCUACUAUAAAAUCUGAUUCUCCUACUAAAGAACCAAAUUCUCCUAUUAAAGAAUCUGAUUUUCCUACUAUAAAAUCUGAUUCUUCUACUAAAGAACCAAAUUCUCCUAACAAAAAAUCUGAUUCUCCUACUAAAGAACCAAAUUCUCCUAUUAAAGAAUCUGAUUCUCCUACUAAAGAACCAAAUUCCCCUACUAAAGAAUCUGAUUCCCCUACUAAAAAAUCAGAUUCUCUUACUAAAGAACCAAAUUCUCCUACUAAAGAAUCUGAUGCUCCCACUGAAGAAUCUAAUUGUCUAACUGAAAAAUCAAAUUUUCUCAAUGAGACUGCCGAAAAGUUUAGUGCUCAUUUGUACAUGAAUCUUUCAAGAAAUGAAAUUAACAACGUUAUCAUUUCUCCAGCUGGUAUAGAACACGUCUUAUAUUUACUUGCAUCUUCUUCUUGGAGUCAAGUAGCAAAGGAAUUAAAAACUUCUCUUGGAAUAAUGCACCCAAGAUUUAAUCGUCGAAAUCAAUUUAAAGACUUCAUUGAUAAUUUAAACGUUGAUAAUAAUGGAAUACUUAAAGUUUUAACAGGAUUUUUUAUCAACGAAAAUACAAAAGUGAAAUAUGAAUUUAGAUUAUUCGCGGAAAGAUUUUUCGGAUCAAAAGUUGAAAAUCUUGAUUUCUUUAAUAAAUCCAGAGCAGCGGGAUCAAUAAAUUCUUGGAUUAAAGAAAACACGAAUAAUAACAUUGAUAAUGUUAUAAAUUACGAAAAUCUUGAUAAUUCCACUAGUAUGAUUAUUACUAAUGUUGUCUUAUUCCAAGGUCAAUGGAAAUCAAAGUUUCCUAUUGAAAAAACAGUUAACAAGAAUUUUUUUACAAAUAACGAAAUAUUGUCCGUUCCAAUGAUGACUAUGGAGAGUGUUUUUAAUUUUGGAAAACUUUCAAAAUUAGAAGCUUCAUUUAUUGAACUUCCUUUUGUCGAUGAACGAUUUUCAAUGCUUAUCGUUGUUCCUGAUAAAAUAAAUGGUCUUAAUGAUUUGGAAAAUAAUUUACAAAAAUUAAGUCUCAAACAACUUAAAAAAUAUGGAAAUGAAACUUAUAUUAGUUUAACAUUGCCUAAAUUUAAAGUUGAAACUACAACAAGUAUGAAAAAAGUAUUAAGAGAGAUGGGUAUAAAAACAAUGUUUUUGAAAUCUGAAAUCGAUUAUUUCAAUCGUAUUUCUGAAACUAAAAUUCAUGUAAGUGAUUUUGUGCAGAAAACUUACUUUGAAGUAAAUGAAGAAGGCACCGUAACAUCUAAUGUCACUAAUGCUCCUGGUGUACCAGAAUAG